UCUUUUCCGCGCUCGUUAUUCGCUCCCCCCUCAAUCUGUGCUGCCUCAAUAGCUCUCAUUAUGCUGUGCUCAGUGGCCCGGUGUGUUCCCCGCCUCUGCUAGGCAGUGGCAGCAUGGAUGGUGCUCUUGUGACGACCUCUGCUGAUGCUAUCAGUCCACUGCGGAUAGGCAUGCUGAGUAAUCCUGCUGUAAAUGGGCGAGGACACGGACACACGGAAAAUUAACCACAGCUUUCUGCGAGACCACAACUAUGUGACUGAAGCUGAUAUUAUUUCUACAGUUGAGUUCAACCACACUGGAGAACUGCUGGCUACUGGUGACAAGGGGGGCCGAGUUGUUAUAUUCCAAAGGGAACCUGAGAGUAAAAAUGAGCCUUACAAUCAGGGGGAAUACAAUGUUUACAGCACUUUCCAGAGCCAUGAACCUGAAUUUGAUUAUUUGAAGAGCUUGGAGAUAGAAGAAAAAAUAAACAAGAUCAAGUGGUUACCACAGCAAAAUGCAGCUCACUCACUUCUAUCAACAAAUGAUAAAACAAUCAAAUUGUGGAAAAUUACUGAAAGAGAUAAGAGACCGGAGGGGUACAACUUAAAAGAUGAAGAAGGAAAGCUUAAAGAUCUUUCUACAGUAACAUCACUGCAGGUGCCUGUAUUGAAACCCAUGGAUUUGAUGGUAGAAGUCACUCCCCGGAGAAUCUUUGCCAAUGGUCACACCUAUCAUGUCAACUCAAUAUCCGUCAACAGUGACUGUGAGACGUACAUGUCAGCAGAUGAUCUCAGGAUUAACCUCUGGCAUUUAGCUAUCACUGAUAGAAGCUUCAACAUUGUAGAUAUAAAGCCAGCCAAUAUGGAGGACCUGACAGAAGUGAUUACAGCCUCUGAGUUCCAUCCCCACCACUGCAAUCUCUUUGUCUACAGCAGCAGCAAAGGAUCCCUGAGGCUCUGCGACAUGCGGGCGUCGGCUCUCUGUGACAAACAUUCCAAGCUUUAUGAAGAACCAGAAGACCCCAGUAACAGAUCAUUUUUUUCGGAAAUUAUCUCUUCAGUGUCAGAUGUCAAAUUCAGUCACAGUGGUAGAUACAUGCUUACAAGAGAUUACCUCACUGUCAAGGUUUGGGAUCUGAACAUGGAAACAAAGCCUGUAGAAACGUACCAGGUCCACGAUUACCUUAGAAGCAAGUUAUGUUCCCUCUAUGAAAAUGACUGCAUCUUUGACAAGUUUGAAUGUGCAUGGAAUGGGUCAGACAGUGUGAUAAUGACGGGCGCGUAUAACAACUUUUUCCGGAUGUUUGACCGCAACACCAAGCGGGAUGUCACCCUGGAGGCUUCCCGGGAGAGCAGCAAGCCACGAGCCAUCCUAAAGCCCCGCAGAGUCUGCGUCGGAGGCAAACGGAGGAAAGAUGACAUCAGUGUUGACAGUUUGGACUUUACUAAGAAGAUCUUGCACACAGCAUGGCACCCAACCGAGAACAUCAUUGCUAUAGCAGCGACAAACAAUCUGUACAUAUUUCAGGAUAAAGUGAACUCAGAAAUGCACUAGAUUUAUCAAUAUCCCUCUAUAUUUACAAACCAGCCUCUUGAGAGUUGUAGAAGGAUGUGAUCUUCACAAAAGUUGUGGCUUCUGUGGUGGGAUUUGUAGGUUGCAUCCUUUCAUCCCUCAGCCUGUAUCAUUUAUUGGUGGCAAGCCAAUUAUUUUCCAUCACUGCAACUGUAUGAGUAAAAUGCACGAGUGCAAAUCCAGUACUGUGGUCUGUAUUGGUUCCUUUAAACAAAAAGGGAUAUUUAUUCAAUUUAGGAGUGUUCCUGAGAGGGGCUGAGGCUCCCCAACUCCUGCCCAUCCUUUCAAGGGUCUCAGUGGUUUGCAGGGCUGUGGUGUGCUGGUGCCCUUCCUGCUUUUGCAGUGCACAGCAUUUACCACAUUAUUAGGGCUUUUUGUCUCAAUCCCUUGAUUGUUUUUUUUUCCCAGUGCCAUUUUCCUGUCUUUCAGUUAAACCUAGCCUGUUUGAAAGAAUUAAUAGCCACAUCCCUUUAGAGCAUGUGGCACAUUGGAGAGAGUUCAUGAGAGUUAGAGCUGGAAGCAGAAUCCCUGCUGGUGAAAAGCUGCCCCAUCUCACCCAUCCCAUUCCCUUCAUUCCAAUACCCUCUUAUUUAUUUAUUUAUUUAUUUAUCACAUUAAUUUGUGCUUCACCUUCCCAAGUGAGUAAGUGACAGACUGGUAUAGUUACUCAGCCAGCUUAUUUUAAGAAGUUUAUUCUCCGUGGUUCUCUUUGCUCUGUUUAAAACAAUAACUAAUAUCUUUAUUGUGUGAGGACUAUUAAACAGCUUGGCAUUGCAGCUCUGGAGGGACUGACUUGUCAGACACAGCCUGGCAAUUCACACACAAAUCCGUGCUACCAUUUGGGAUUGGAGUUCUGGAAACCUUGGCUAGAAGUGCUCUCCUUGAAGGCAGCAACCAACUUGAGUGGGAACAAAGUUACAUCCCUGCUAGACACUUGAUAAAGGCCCUUGUUUGUUGUUUGCAGAAUAGUUAUGUUAACCCCAGCCCUUGGGGAAUACAGGCAAUGCCUGGUAUCUGUAACUGUGAAAAGAAUGGUACUGUGAGAGGCAGCACCGCCAAGUGAAUUUUAACGCUUUUAAAUGAGGCCACUUCUGGGAGGCAAAGGUAGUCCUUGAGAAACAUGAAAAUAUGAAAAAUCCAAACCUAACAAAACCUUCCUCCACAGAAAUGCUGUUAGAUCUGUCUCUGUUCUGUAAUGAUGAGUGAUAUAAGUGGAAAAGGAAAGUGCACGCAAAGUAGGGCAUGCAGGAAUGGUACCGGAGUGGUGCAGUGGGCAGGAAGUCCUCUUAAUCCAGGAAAAGAAAGUUUUGCUGCACCCUUAAUAGCUCUGGCAGAAAAUUCAAUGUCCCAAAGGAUUCCUACUCUAACCAUGAAUGAAAGAGCACAACUCACAUGACCUGUUAAUCCACCCAUAUUAAAACUCCUCAGAAACAAGAGUCUUAAAGCCAUUAUGCACUGAUUUCUUGGUAAGUGGAGAAUGUACUGAUGAAGGGAUCUGCAUGCUUUUGUAUUUUGGUUUGGGGGAAGGGUGGGUGAAAAUCUGCUUACAAGAAAUAAAAAAAACAGUCUAGAGUUUUUGUAGGACAUCUCAACACCACACCUGAAAUCUGUCUGUUUGAAGUUUUCUAGAUCAAUGCUGUAUAUUUUGUGUGUAGAAGCACAAACAUGUGCACUGAUUUCCAGCCACACUAAACACAUGCGGUAUGAAAUGUGUAGGGUGAUUUUAAAGGGAACAAAGAAUGUUUGUUUAUAAAAUACUGUAUGCUGUAGCAGGCAUGGACAGUAUAUGUACAUAUUUAUUCUAACGAAAUUUAACAAAAUUGCCUUUUCCUUUUCUUUUUUCCUUGUAAAAAGGUUUAAGAGUGUGGUAAAUUGUAUAGAGAACUUGUUAAUGCCAAACUACUGCUUCAAGGGUGUCAUACAAUUUCUUUGACUUUUGGCCCCCUUCAUUAAUCUUUGCAGCUCAAAAAGAAAAAAAAAAUGCUAUCAGCUCAUAUUGGCAUUUACAGCUAGAAAUACUGUAAAACAUAUAUUUAGCUUUCAACAUUCUCAAGUAAGAUUCUAUAGAUAACAUAUUGUAAAGCAGAUCUUGAUGCAAACCAUUUUUUGUUUUUAAUUUGAAGUACCUUACUCUGUUACAGCUUUGGGUACCAAAAAGAACAUGUUAAAAUUAAAUAAACAAAUAUAUCUUUGGAGCUUUAUAAAACUAAUUAAAUACCCAACCAAAAUACCAUGAAGUAAUUAUAGAGGAAAUAAAUAGAAACCUUUCAAAGACCAGUAUUCCGUUCCUAUCUUUGACAUCACUGUUACAGAUCAGUUUCCUGGUUUCUUGAAUGUAUGGAAAGUUAACAUCGUCAUUGUGAACGUUUCCAACUUUCUUUAUCAUUUUAGUUUGAGCUUUCAGUGGUGUAGAGUAAGUAAUGGUAAAGUUGGUAAAUCUGAUUGUUUUGGAAGCUGUUGUUCAUGGCUGCAUUUUUUGUGUUGCACAAAUUAGCUAACUGUUGUUGAAUAAAAAUAUAAAUAUGUUAAUACCAGCUUUUUCAAUAAAACUACAACCAAAAAAGGCAUAAAUAGAUGACCUCAAGGCACAGCUUAUUUUUAAGAUAGGCAAGAAAGAGUUGAGUUAUCUCCUUUUAUGGAGGAGGAAGAGUCACAGGGAUCAGGACUUGGAGGGCAAGCUCCUGUGGUAACCUCAAGUGUUGAGGCAGGUGGAGGAGGGAACACAUGCCAUGAGUGGGAUUAGGGUGUUGUAUGAUGAAGAGUGUGGGCAGCUCCAGCAGAGCUGGAGCCGUGCUUUAGGUUCAGUCCUAGGACCAGCUUUUUCUUUUGCUCAUAGCCCAACCUGGACUCUAGGAGGCUUGAGUCUCUUGUCUCCUACAGAUGGAAUCAGAGAUGUUCAGUAUGAAUUGACACCUGAAGUCACAGGUAAAAAAUGGUAUUGCUAGUGUCACCAAAACUGCAGGAGAAACAAAAGCUCUCCUAACAAUAUUUUUAGUGUUAGAGAAUCAAGGCAUUACUUUAUUUCUGGCCAGGAUGUGCAACAGAAAUAAUUUAAUUCACACAUAGCCCAGGUGUGCAGAGAAAACCAUACAAUGACACAUGAAUUUUACCAGAUUUUUCACAGACUUUAUACACUCAAGACCCAUAGAGAUUCAUUGGUUCAAUGUUCAUUGGCUCCAAGUUACAUAAUUCUUAGUAUUUGGUUUCCUACUGGAUCUGGAUUUCUUCACCUCUGAUGUUAAUUAGGUCCUCACUCCCUGAUUUCCUUAUCAGUCUUUUCUGGACCAGGUGUCUCCAACCAUGCCAGGAGGCAGCAUCUGAGGUGGAUGUUUGUUGAUGCUUGUUGAUGGCCAUUGAUGUUCUGCUGAUGGUCGUUAUCUUUUGGGGUAUUUUUGGGCAUCUUUUGGGCUACUCCCAGUCUGUUGAGAUGUUAACCUCACCAGGCCUUCACCUGGUGGAACAAUGCCCUGGAAAGAAACUAAUUCCCUUCCCCCAUGGCAAAGGUGAACAUAGGUUGGACUUGAUGAUUUCAAAGGUCUUUUCCAAGCUAUUUCAUUCUAUGAUUCUGU